AUGCGAUUGGACGUAGCUGUAAUAGGCGGAGGUAGCUGGGGAAGCACUAUAUCUAAAGUGAUAGGUGAAAAUUAUGCGAAUAAAGGAAUAGAAGGAAAAGUGACAAUGUGGUUAUAUCCAGAGACAUACAACUCAGUGGAUUUAGCAGAGCUAAUAACAACAACCAGAAUAAAUUCAAAAUAUUUGCCUGGUAUAGAACUACCCAAAAACAUUACCGUGACUUCUGACAUAUGUUCAGCAGUGGAUGGGGCAGAUGUGCUGGUUGUAGCAGUGCCGCAUGAAUUUUUGAAUAAAAUACUGCAGCAGAUAAAAAAUAAAGUAAAGUCUGAUGCUGUUGCAGUUAUACUAACAAAAGGUCUGUUUUUUAAUGGCGGAGAGAUGGAACUUAUCUCUUCAACAAUCAAGAAGACGUUAAACAUACGCGCCUGUACUUUAAUGGGAGCAAACAUAGCAGGCGAUGUUGCAAAUUCUCUUUUUAGUGAGUGCACAUUGGGGUAUGAGAAUGAAGAAAUCAAAGACACUUUGCUGAAUUUAUUUGAUUGUAAAUACUUUAAGGUAACUCCAGUUAAAGACUCUGGUGCAGUUGAAGUGUGUGGUACACUGAAGAAUGUAGUAGCCGUAGCAUGCGGUAUUGUAUCUGGGCAUAAAGAAGGUGCCAAUACACUUGCAGCAGUCAUUCGAAAUGGUCUUUUAGAAAUAGUUAAAUUCUGUGACAUGUUUGUUCAAAAAAGUAGUACUUCUGAAAUGAUCCCACGUGUUUUCUUUGAAUCAUGUGGUGUUGCCGACUUAAUUGUCACGUGCACCUCUGGAAGAAAUUUCAAAUACUCUCGGAUGGCGGCCGAAAAAAACAUUGAUAUUUCUAGAAUAGAAGAAGAAGAAAUGAAUGGCCAGAAACUACAAGGAUACAGCACAAUUAAAGACCUUAAGGUGUUUAUAGAAGAGAAUAAAAUAGAGAAAGAAUAUCCUUUCUUGUACGCUAUAUGCCUUUCCGCGUCUUCAGAUCUUUCUUCCAAGAGAAUUCUAGAAGUUAUCCAGAAUCGCACUGAAUAA